AUGGCUUCUCCUUCCAAAGCGAAGGAGGUUUUCUCCUCGGAUGAAGAGGGUCCCGCGGCACCGCCAGCGGAGGUCGCGGACUUGGGCUCGGAGGAUCGCAGGGUCAAAGUGUCUAGCCUACCCUUCAGUGUGGAGGCGCUUAUGUCGGACAAGAAGCCUCCCAAAGAGAUGUCUUCUCUGUCAGCGGGAGGCGGAGGCAUCGGUGGCGGCGGUGGGAGCAGCGAAGGCACAUCCAGGACCAUGCUGCUGCCGGGGCUCGGCGCCAGGGAAGCUCACAGCCCGGGGCUGCUUACAAAAACCUUUGAGACGUCCUCGGUUAAGUCGGAGAACUCAGAGGACGGGACGUCCUGGAUUCAGGAGGCUGGCAGAUAUUCCCCACCACCAAGACACUUGAGUCCUACAACCUGUACCCUUCGGAAGCACAAGACAAAUCGGAAGCCCAGGACUCCCUUCACCACCUCCCAACUUCUGGCCCUAGAACGCAAAUUCCGCCAGAAACAGUACCUCUCCAUCGCUGAACGAGCUGAGUUUUCCAGCUCCCUGAACCUCACAGAGACACAGGUCAAAAUCUGGUUCCAGAACCGCAGGGCCAAGGCCAAGAGACUGCAGGAAGCAGAACUGGAAAAGCUGAAAAUGGCAGCCAAACCUAUGCUACCCUCUGGCUUCAGCCUCCCUUUCCCCAUCAACUCUCCCCUCCAAGCGGCUUCCUUAUAUGGAACAUCUUAUCCUUUUCACAGACCUGUGCUCCCCAUCCCACCUGUGGGACUCUAUGCUACUCCUGUUGGGUAUAGCAUGUAUCAUUUAUCUUAA